CUGCUCAACUCCAGCAAAUACACUUACACUGGCCUGCGAACUGGAGACCUGCGUCGUCGUGUCGCCGAUAUAAGAUGAGAACGAUCCAAUUGCUGCGCGCCGUUGGCGUUGCUGCCGCUCUGACAGUAAACGAUGAGGCACCAAACGGCCAGAAGCCGAUGGGCGAGGCGAUUGCGCAUGGUGUCGGCGCGGCGCUACGACCUCAGGACCCAUUCACGGACGAAUUUCUAGCUUUCGCAGAGGAUAUCAUGGAGCAGUGGAAGGUUCUUGGAAUGUCAAUCGCCGUGGUCGACGGAGAUGAGGUGUUUGCCAAGGGCUUUGGUUUGGCAACUUUGCCAGAGGCGCCAGCAACGCCGGGGACGCCAGCGACACCAGAGACGCUCUAUUAUGUUGGGUCAACGGCCAAGGCACAAACUGCUGCAACGCUCGCACAACUCAUCGACUCUAAAGCCUACCCAGAGGUCUCUCUCGGCUGGAAGACGCCGAUAUCCUCCAUCAUCCGCGAUGAUUUUAUCCUGCAGGAUGAAUGGGCUACCAACCACAUCACACUUGAAGACGCUGCCAGCCAUCGUACCGGCCUGCCGCGUCAUGACAACUCCUGGCACGAGACACGUAACGGCAAUGCGUCGACUGUCCAGGACACUGUACGCAAUUUGCGGAACCUACCUCUAGGAGUAGAGCCGAGAGUUGAGUGGCACUACUGCAAUUUGAUGUAUGUGAUGCUGUCAUAUGUUAUCGAGACGUUGACGGGCAGAUGGCUGGGCGACGUUCUACGGGACACGAUCUGGAAGCCACUUGGUAUGGAUACGACGUACCUGAAUUUGCAAGAGGCGCGCAGAGGCCCGGCUCAUCUUGCCUCGGCCUACAUCUGGAGAGAAGGCGAGAAGACAUACGAAAAGCUUCAGUACCCACCUGCCAGAGUCAUGGGCGGCGCAGGCGGGAUCAUUUCCAAUGUCCUCGACUACGCUAAGUGGAUUCAGUGUCUGAUUAACGAGUCCGAGCCGUUCUCUCAGGCGGUUCACAAAGACAUUCGCACCCCGAGGAUGAUAAGCGAUGCGGAGCCGAGCUUGACGUCCGACGUACAGCUCUACGGACUAGCUUGGACACGCACAACGAUCCAUGGCGAGGUCGCCUAUUGGCACGACGGAUCAACACUCACAUUUGGCGCAGAGGUGUACUGGUUCCCAAAUCUCAAAUACGGCAUCGUCGCCUUUGCGAACGGGGCGCUGGGCUCCAAUCCCGCCGAGCAGGUCUUGGUGCACCGUCUCCUCGAGGACAGACUGAGCGUCCCGGCGAGUCAGCGAGCUGACCUCAACAAAAGGUGGGAUGGGACUCAGAUACAUGUAGUGCCCGUGAUGAUGCAAAAUUACUGACAACUGAACUUGACGUGCAGUCUCAAGGAAAAGUCCGCUAAGUCGCGGCACGACAUCCAAAACAUGGAAAACAUACUAUUCCCCAAUCGCCCCAAGAAGCCUUUGCCACCCACGCUGUCGCCUAGCGAGUUGCUUGGAUCGUACUAUGACGAGGGAUACGGCACCGUCACUUUCUUCGAGGAGCCACACCCGGAGAAGCAGGGCGAGACUCUAUUGGUGGCGAACAGGACGGAGUUGCUUUGGUCCCAACAGUGGCGGCUGCAGCACGUUUCUGGUGAUUUCUGGGCGGUCCAAAAUAAGCUCCUCUUCUGUCGCAUGAACGUGCCUCUGGAGUUCUUUGCAGGUGAAUUCAAGUUUGGAGUCGAUGGUAAAGUCGCAGCGUUCGAGGCGGAUUUUGGGAGUCGGCCAGGCCAAAUCAGCGAAGGGCGGAUACUAUUUAAGAAGGUCAAGUAAUGGAGGCGCAAUUGGUGUAUACGAGGGCUACCAUGUAGACGGAGAGGCUGGGCCUUGAGAAAAAAAACUCUGGUAAUUGUAGCAUCGACACGGGGCUAGACGUGAAGUUGAUGUCUAGCAAUGUGGCUCAUCAAACUCGACUCGUUUCGUACACAAACGCUAGGCGUCCAGCUGCAAAACGUUGCCACCGGUUGUAGUAGGCCCCUGGUAUCCCUUCCUCGCCUUAAAAAGCCAAAACGCGGUU